AACAAACGAAUCAAGCCAACAACUCGAAUCUAGACGUCAAAAUGGUCCGCAAACUCAAGCAUCACGAGCAGAAACUCCUCCGGAAAGUAAACCUAACAACCUACAAAUCCGACCACGCGCAUCGAGAGUCUCAGAUCAUCCAACGAUACUACCUCCAAAACCCCGUCGACUACAAGAAAUAUUCCGCAAUUGUCGGAUCCUUGCGGCAGCUCGCACACAAGCUCUCCGCACUUGACCCCGAUUCCGACCCCAUCCGCCAGAAAACUGAAUCCGAGGUUCUGGAUAAACUGUGGCGCAUGGGAAUCCUCAAACAAAGUCGUGAGCAAGGUGCAGGAUUGAGUAGAAUUGAGCGCGAGGUGACGGUUAGCGCAUUUUGUCGACGACGGCUGGCAGUUGUUAUGGCGAGGAGUGGGAUGGUGGAAAACAUCAAGACGGCCGUAACGUUCAUCGAGCAAGGGCAUGUGCGUGUCGGAUCGGAGGUCGUCACGGACCCGGCGUACCUGGUUACCCGGAACAUGGAGGACUUCGUGACGUGGGUGGAUUCCAGCAAGAUCAAGCGGAAUAUCAUGCGGUAUCGCGAGAACCUGGAUGAUUUUGAUCUAAUGUAG